AGGUGUUUACCUCCCAUGGCCCUACUGUGAUCAUGCCAACCUGGUUCUGUUCCCGAGAAUGGUUUUAUCACGUGGGCAAGUUUGAUGAAGGUGGAAAGGGCGUUCCAGAAGAUUUGCUGUUUUUUUAUAAGCACAUCGAAAAGGGCGGUGACGUCUUCCGUGUUGACCGUUGCCUCCUGCUGUACCGCUACCACCCCCAGGCUGCAACUCAUUCCGUGCUAGAGGGAACCAUCUGGAAUCACCGAGUCAGGUUUCUUGAAGACCGAGUCCUCACCCGCUGGACGUCAUUCACCAUCUGGAAUGCCGGCAAACAGGGCAAGAAGCUCUACAGAAGCUUGUCACCAGCAAACCAGAAAAAGGUAACUGCAUUUUGUGAUGUUGAUGAAAAGAAAAUAGCAAAAGGAUUCUACACUUACGAGGAAUCAGAGGAGAAACCCAAACCAAAGAUUCCUAUAUGCCACUUCAGAGAGGCAGCUCCACCGUUCAUCAUCUGCGUGAAGUUGGAUUUGACAGGUGGAGCAUUUGAAGAAAACUUAAACACGCUGAACUUGAAGGAAGGAGUGGAUUAUUAUCACUUCAACUAA